AUGGACGCUAGACCUGCCUACGAGGGGACUCUUGAUGAGUCCCGCUUAUUUGCGAAGCUUCCGAAUGAGAUUGCGGAACUCAUUCACACAGCUUCUGGGACCCAAUACCUGAAUGCGCUUGCGGUUGGCGCAUUGAGGCCCGGAUGCACAGAAGGCUUCUUUUGCCUGUACGAACCGAUUUUUCUAGAUCAAAUCGAUAUUCUUUCCGCAUUUUCUAGAGUCUUACCCCAAUAUGCCAUUGCUCGGGCUGGACCUCUAUCGGCUUUGGCUGCGCUUCUUUCCUAUGACCCAGAACUCCAAUCGCUAUUCCAACACCCCGACCGAUCCGUUAGAUACCUCUCCAUACGAUGCUUCGCCCUAUACAUGCGUGCAGCGGAUGCUGCCCUAGAGGAAUUAAUCAAAACUCAUUUUGCGGACGAUAUCGUGGAGGGCGAAUGGGAGGGAACCACAAUCGACUACCGGUGUCUUGGCUUGUGGGAAGAACGUCGGUCGAACCGAUCUACUCCCGAUACUCUUUCGCAGAUUGAGAAGCUCCGAGAAUAUUUCACUUCCAGAACCGCCGAAAUCUGCGGAGUGUUGGUUCCACGACAAACUAAUACUUCUUCUCAACCGUCCUCGAUUGUGAAAACGCCGACCGCCGUUGGAAACCUGCGGAAAAUCGCGACAGCACUAAUAUCUGCUAGACCUAUGUUGCUGGCGGAGACGAUGGUCACGCUACACUUGAAUGAACAGACCGACGCAAAGACUACAGGCUCUUUCGCCUGGCAACCUGGUGUUUUGACCAAGGCGGCGAGAGAAGGCCGUUGGAUCCUGAUCGAAGAUUUAGAUCGCGCGCCUUCCGAAGUCAUUGGCCUUAUCCUUCCGAUCAUCGAGCGGGGAGAGUUGACCAUAGCUAGCAGGAAGGAAAGAAUCAAAUGCGCAGAAGGCUUCAAGAUAAUUGCAACCAUGAAGUCUUCUUACAAUAUCGCAGGCGAAGAAAUUGCCCCGAGUACCAAUAUCCUAGGAAGCAGGUUGUGGCAGCGCGUCCAGAUUGACUCCCUCGCGAUCGACGAAAUUCGAGAGGUUAUCACGCAAAAAUAUCCUCUCCUGGAAUCUCGGGUCGCCACUAUCAUGAAUGUCUAUCAAAGGCUUUGUGCCUCCUUCCAUGGAAGUCUGGCAAUUAAGAGCUCCCAGGGACGUACUCCUGGUCUUCGUGAUCUGAUCAAGCUCUGUAGCCGAAUGCACAGGCGGCUUCAGCGUCUGGGGGCGAAAACUGGCUAUGAAGCGACGCCAGAGGGUGCCGAGGAUGAGAUAUUCCUUGACGUCGUGGAUGUGUUUCUAAAAUAUAUCCCUGAAAAGACCCUGGCGGAUUCCCUUUCUUUGGUUGUUGCUGAAGCCAUGCAUAUCUCACCGCAGCGGGCACGCUUCUGCAACAGCCUCACUCUUGGCAGAGAAACAUGUCGCAAGAUUAAGGUCCCAACCGGAUCUCUCACGAAAGCUGCUGCCUCUUCGUCUCGCUUUGCAUCAACGAGAGCUGCUUUGGGAUUGAUGGAGCAAGUUGCCGCUUCUGUGCAAAUGGCCGAGCCUGUCCUUCUCGUGGGAGAGACGGGUAUUGGCAAGACCACGGUCAUUCAACAGCUUGCUACGCUGAUGCGACAGAAGCUCACGGUGGUCAACUUGUCCCAGCAGAGUGAAAGCACUGAUUUGCUUGGUGGCUUCAAGCCAGUCAACAUUCGCACAAUGGCUGUACCGAUGCAUGAUGAGUUUGUCUCUCUUUUCGAAUUGACGUUCUCGGCAAAGAAGAACCAAAAGUUCCUUCAUUCCGUCGCCAAGAGUGUCACUGCAGGGAACUGGGCUCGCCUAGUACAUCUUUGGCAUGAAGCAGUCCGAUUGGCUGAUGGAGUGUUCAAGUCAGACCAGGGCUCUCAAGGCGCUGAGGAACAACCCGCGAAGAAGAGAAAGUUGGAUUCACCUAAAUACCAACUUUUGCGGCAGAGAUGGGACAGAUUCGCAGCGCAGCUCAAUGAUUUCGAGUCGCAAGUAUCUCAAGGAGAUGCGAAGUUUGCCUUUGCCUUCGUUCAAGGAAAGAUUGUCCGAGCGCUGCGUAACGGCGAGUGGGUUCUUCUUGACGAGGUCAACCUUGCUUCACCGGAUACUCUCGAGAACAUCGCCAGUCUUCUCCACCAUGGUAGCGAAGGUUCACCAUCCGUCUUGCUCUCCGAAGCGGGUGAUGUGGAGCGCGUCUUUGGUCACCCUGAUUUCCGUAUCUUUGGCGCAAUGAAUCCUGCGACUGAUGCAGGCAAGAAGGACCUUCCCCCUGGUCUUCGAUCAAGAUUCACGGAGUUCUAUGUGCAGUCACCCGAUAGCGACCUAGAUGACCUGCUCUCUCUGAUUCAGAAGUACCUCGGCGAUUUGGCGUUGACUGAUGCCAGAGCAGUCCCGGAUCUUGGACAGCUCUACAUGGAAGCUAAGAGGCUCAAUACCGAGAACAAGCUCACUGACGGUGCUGGGCAGCGUCCACACUUCAGCAUCAGAACCCUUGUCAGAGCGCUCGUCUACUCGGAGCGUUUGUUAGCACCUUUGCUCGAGAAGCAUAUCUUCAGCAACGUUAAGAACUCCAGAGCACUCCUGGGCCAGACACCCAAGCCACCAAACGACGGCAAUGACUACGUGCAAUUCAAACAUUACUGGAUGCGUCGUGGUCAUCUGAAACCCGAAGAACAACCUCACUAUAUCAUCACACCUUUUAUCGAGAAGAACCUGAAAAAUCUAGUUCGAGCAAGCUCCACGCGCCGCUUCCCCGUUUUGCUGCAAGGUCCGACCUCUGCUGGUAAGACUAGUAUGAUUGAGUUCCUUGCCAAGGUCUCGGGGAACCAGUUCGUCCGCAUCAACAAUCACGAGCAUACUGAUCUUCAAGAGUAUUUGGGAACUUACGUCUCCAGCGACGAUGGCACCCUCCGCUACCAAGAAGGUGUUUUGGUAGAGGCUCUCAGAAACGGUUACUGGAUUGUUCUCGACGAAUUGAACCUGGCACCUUCCGAUGUCCUCGAAGCAUUGAAUCGACUGUUGGAUGAUAAUCGUGAGCUCUUCAUCCCAGAGACUCAAGAAGUGGUGCGUCCGCAUCCCAACUUCAUGUUGUUUGCCACACAGAACCCCGCCGGUCUCUACGGUGGUCGAAAGGUGUUAUCUCGCGCCUUCCGGAACAGAUUUUUGGAGCUUCAUUUCGACGACAUUCCCGAAAGCGAACUGGAAUAUAUCUUGAAGGAGCGCUCACAGAUUGCUCCUUCGUUCUGUACUCGGAUAGUGUCGGUUUACCGCAAACUCUCCUUAUUGCGCCAGGCCAACCGACUAUUCGAACAGAAAAACAGUUUUGCAACCCUGCGUGAUCUUUUCAGAUGGGCGCUUCGUCGUGCUGAUGAUCGGGAGCAAUUGGCGAUCAAUGGUUUCAUGCUGCUGGCAGAGCGAGUGCGCAAUCCUCAGGAGAGGGCUGCAGUCAAGAGCGUGAUCGAGGAAGUCAUGAGAGUCCGGAUUGACGAGGAUGUCAUCUAUGGCGCCUCGGAAAUGGACAAGCGCGCUCCUAAUCUUGCACAGCUAGCUCCAGGAAUUGUGUGGACCAAGGCGAUGCGCCGAUUGUUCGUUCUUGUCUCCACCGCCCUCGAGAAUAACGAGCCUAUUCUGCUUGUAGGUGAGACUGGAUGUGGUAAGACUCAGCUGUGCCAAGCAGUUGCCGAGAUUUGCAGAAAACAACUGUAUAUUAUCAACGCACAUGUGAACUUGGAAACAGGCGACCUUAUUGGUGCUCAAAGACCCGUUAGGAACAGGGCGGCGAUCGAAAGCCAGCUACAUAGUGACCUACGAACUAUGUUCUCGCAGGAUGAUCAGUCAGUGUCUGUUGAUGAUUUGAAACAGGCUUUUGGUGCUAUCAGCGCAGAGCAACUACAAGCGCUUGAUCCUGAGUUGAGACUUCGAGUUGAAAAGAAUCUCGCUCGGCUGAACGCCUUGUUUGAAUGGUCUGAUGGAAGUUUGAUCACGGCUAUGAAGACGGGCCAGUUCUUCCUUCUUGAUGAGAUCUCACUUGCCGACGAUUCCGUUUUGGAGAGGUUGAACAGUGUUCUGGAGCCUCAUCGCUCUAUUCUUCUUGCCGAAAAGGGUCCGAUUGACUCCAUGGUGGUUGCUCAUGAGGGCUUCCAGUUUUUGUCUACUAUGAAUCCUGGAGGUGAUUAUGGAAAGCGCGAGCUUUCUGCCGCUCUUCGCAACCGUAUGACGGAAAUAUGGGCUCCUCAACUUUCUGAAGACGAGGACAUUCUGCCGAUCCUUCGGAUGAAGCUUCAGCUAGAAUCGGAGCACGUGCCUAAAGCGAUGCUGCAGUUCGCCAAGUGGUUCAAGAUGACAUUCCAAAACUCCACAACAUCCUCGCUUUCCAUUCGUGACCUUCUUGGCUGGGUCGAGUUCGUCAACAGGUGUGCCGCAAUGGUGUUUGUUGACACCUUGGGCGCUAAUCCUGCAGCAAUCCUUGCGACAGCUUUGAAUGACCUUGAAGGCAAUCGUCGGUUGUGUCUAGACAAGCUGCAAGAACUUUUCAAUGUUGAUGCUUCCAACAUUUACUUGCAGAAGUCAAUUAUUGACACUGAUGGCACCUCCCUUCGUGUCGGACCUUUCAAUCUUCCCAUCAAUGAACAAGGAAGACCCGAUCCCGAGUUCAUCAUGGAUGCUCCUACUACUAUCGGCAACUCAGUAAGAAUUGCUCGAGGAUUGCAGCUUCCAAAGCCUAUCCUUCUGGAGGGCAGCCCGGGUGUUGGAAAGACGACGCUAGUCACGGCGCUUGCCAAGGCUCUCGGAAAACCGCUCACUCGAAUCAAUCUUUCUGAGCAAACGGAUCUGACGGACCUAUUUGGUUCUGAUUUCGCUUGGCGUGAUGCACCAUUCCUGCAAGCAAUGCAACGUGGUGAUUGGGUUCUUCUCGACGAGAUGAACCUGGCUUCACAAUCUGUUCUUGAAGGGUUGAAUGCUUGCUUGGACCACCGUCAGAUGGUACACCCCGACUUUGUCCUCUUCGCUGCGCAGAACCCGCAUCAUCAGGGUGGUGGCCGGAAAGGUCUUCCGGCGUCCUUUGUCAACAGAUUUACUGUGGUAUAUGCCGAUAGCUUUACCGACACUGAUUUGAGGCGAAUCUGUGCCAAGCUAUUCCCUGGAAGUCCCGCCACCCAGACCGACAACCUCGUCGAGCUAGGCGCGCUGGGUGGCCCCUGGGAGGUUAACCUGCGAGACAUCCAGAGGUGGCUUCAGUUGGCUGAUCGAGGGAACCUGCAAGUGCCUGCCCGGUUCAGAAGUGAGGAAGACCGCAGCGUGGUGUCUCGGUUGUUUGGGCAGGUCUUUGGAGAUUCUCUCACGGCCCCGAAAAGCUAUUACCAUAACCUGACACCAGGCUACAUGCAGGUUGGACUUGGCUUUAUGCGGCGAGAUUCAGUUCUACAACAGACCUCGGAUCCCCAAAUGCAGAUUCUCCCAGGGGACUUGUCGGUCCUCGAAUCACUAAUGCUGUGUGUCGAACAAUCCUGGCCGAGCAUUUUGGUGGGUUCAUCUGGUUGUGGCAAGACAACCCUCAUCAGGAAGCUCGCCGCGCUAAACGGAGCCGGCUUGGUUGAAUUGGCACUGAGCGCUGAUACAGACACCAUGGAUCUGAGGGAAGUCUCGUCCUUGCUCCUGGAGAUCGCGCAAGACAUUGCGGACCUUUCGUCUAUUCCUCUUCAACUCUAUGAGAGUCUACAGAGCCCGGAUGUGUCGCUUGACGGUGUGGUUGCUUCGCUUGUGAAGCUGUAUGAAUCCCACCCCCAACCUCUUCUCCAAGAAUAUGCCAACCGGGCUCAGCGUCUAUCAGACAUCUCUGACAAGAUGGACAAAAUGAAAGUCGGUUUUGAGUGGACAGAGGGUGUCUUAACACAGGCAGUUCAGAAUGGACAGUGGGUUGUUCUUGACAAUGCGAAUCUUUGUAACCCGUCCGUCCUUGACAGAUUGAACUCUUUGACGGAACCUAACGGAACUCUGAUCCUGAACGAACAACGUACAGAGGAUGGAAAUGCUCGCAUUAUAAAGCCGCACCCCAACUUCAGGCUCUUCUUGACUAUGGACCCUCGCCACGGCGAGCUGUCUCGGGCGAUGCGGAAUCGCUGUGUCGAGAUCUCAUUCUUGCCCCAGGAAGAUUUGAGCUUCGCUAUCUCCACUGUGCCUGCUUACACCUGCCAAUCCUCACUGUACCGUCUUCGGUCCCUGUGGAAUCUGGACGUUACCACGGCUUUCGAAGCCGAUGAGUCGGUUUCUCUACUACAUGAAGCGUGCUUGGAUCAUCUCUCGAUCGCGGACCUCUCAUAUCUUCAGCGCGUACAGGGGCUCCUCCCGUUCUAUUCCUCUGUCAAUGCGGAUGAUCCACUUCUGGCGGCCCUGCAGCGAUACCUUUCCGUCAUACAUGACAAUUCGUCUUGCAGACCUUUCGACUGCAUCAAAGCGGACUUCGCAGUUGGUUUUGCCUCGGUCGCUACGCAGGGCAUUUAUCAACCCCUUCAUCCUCUCGUGAACGAACCUCUUGCAUCGGUAAUGCAUCAAAGUGUCCCUCUUGGCUGGCUCAUGGUCCUGGCACAACUCCAGGAGUCUAAGCUCGGCUUGCAGGACCUGAAGCAGGGUUUAUUGCGGGCUAACGAAUCAGGAAAGCAUCUCAAGCCAAGCCAAAUGACCAGCUUGGAACGCUCUCUCGCCUCUGGCCGCAUCCCUUCCUUGAUGAAAGAUGCAACUCAGCCAGUGGGAGCCUUUUUGUCCGACUGCGGCCAGGCUGUCUACGAUUUUAUCCAGAGCUUAGAUCAAACCGUGUUUCAAGUUUUCGAAGUGGUUCCUGCACUUCGUGCAAUGAUCAAUUUUUGCUCCGACAUUUACAAUUUGACUACCGCAACCGAGGUGGACCAGGGCGAGUUCCAGAUUUACCUUCAGCUCGGAAGAGAGUUGUCUGCCGCGUUGCUUGAUGGGUGGGCCCCUUUGAAACCACUGGCUCUGGCAUUCUCCCAAGCUCUUGAUCGCUUCCAUGAGAACUGGGCAUUGACCACAGGCUUGAGCAUGCAGAGACUCUGGGAGUCCUGGAGGCCAGCUACUUCUGCCACACAGGAUCAACUGAAGGCUCUUCUGGAGUUGGAGAAUAUUGCCCUUGAAUUUACCCAAGUUGCUACCAAGACACAUCUUGAUUUGUCUCAAUUGAGCCAGGUCCGCAAGUCUUUGAUUGCAGCUCAGGAAGCCAUUCUUUCAAGCGGUCACGAGGGAUACCCAAUCCAGGACCUACGACAAACAGUCGUUGACCUCGCAGCUUGCGUGCCAGAUGCGGAUGCAUUGCAAAAGCCCUACUUCUCUACUGAAUUCGAGGUGCUAUGUCAAUACCACGACCUUUCCUCUCUACGUAACGGCCAGAUAGUUGAAGACCAAGUCGUGCAAUCAAUCCUGCCGCUACUUGCUGGACGUCCCGCCAAGCCCCUUGAUGCUUCAAGCUUGAAGACUCAAAUCCCUGUCAUCCUGAACAGGCUCUCUUUAUACGCGGGAAGUGAACCUUCGUCGGCUUUCGGCGCUGCAGUCAGUGGAACUUUGUCUCUGUCGCUGUUAGAAAGACUGGUCUACGUUGGAACCACAAGCCUGGGUCAGAUGAAUGCUUUGGAGAUGGAGAAGAAAACACUUUCCAAGGCUUUGACCCUUACGAGUGGCGAGCUUGCCAUUAAUCAGGUCACGUUUCUUCGACAAGCAAUGGCAAGGUUGACUGCGGAGCUUGUCAUCCUUCACAAAGAUUUCUUCGAGCCGCAAUCUCUGGAGCAGGUUGUUUCUUUCCUCCAAGGUGUCGAAUCUCAAGGAUCACACAAGGGCUUCUCGCUGCCGAGCAUUAACUUAGCCUCAAACCUGCCAGACAACCACUUCUUCAAGAGCUUCGCUCAAAGCCAGCUUCCGCGCCUAUUGUCGUCCUUGAUGACGGAACAGAUGGAUAGCACAGGCGCCGGUAUUGUUCAGUUAGCUGUCAUUCUCUUGCAGCUUUUUGUUCCAGAUAAGCCAUUUGAUCCCUCGUUGGGCCUGGUUGUUCAGAGGAAGAGGCAUGCCCAGCGCUCGAUAGAGCUAACGGCAAGAGGCAAAGCUAUCUCGUCAUUUGAGGUUGGCUUCUCUGGCCAAGUGUCCAAUUUGCGGCAGGAAAUUAUACAGGGAGAACUGCGUAACCUCGGUUCGGCACCCCCACCUUCUUCUGUCACCAGACCGCAGACCUCCGAACUCAAUAUCCUUCAUGGUGAGUUCUCAAGUCUUGUGAGAUCAGUCCUUGAGCGCCACCCGGAGAACAUCAACUUUGCGGGAGACGAUAGCGAUGCGGAGUCACAGCGGAUGGUUGAUCUUCUUCGUGAAAACAUUCGCCAGCUCAGUAGACGCCUUACGAUGAACUACCGCUCCUACGACGAUAUCACGACUCUAGUCGUUCGGUUCCUACAACUUCUUGACUUGGGUCUGUUCCUUUCCUCGAUCAAGUCUCGCCAGUCCAGUGAUGUGCAAAUCAUCAAAGCCAUUAGGGAGACUACUCCGUUCCUUGGUGGCCUCGUGCACCCCAUUUCUGGUAGCAUCCACAAGGAGUCUCACUUCGAAUCUAGUCUGAACACUGAUCUGUGGUUCCACGAAUUAUCAGCGCUCAGAGUGGCUGAGAACGCGGACAAGGGGCUGAUCUCCACUCGGAGCGGACGCGACACUCUUCGUCGUUUGUUCGAACAGUUCCAUGCUCUCUGGAAAGUUAAGUUGCGGGAGGAUCAAGAGGAAGAAGCCCGUAAGAACGAACUGUAUCAUUACAAGGGAUCUUGGGAGGAUGCAGAGGAAGUCGACGAGAACGAGCUGCGUCAACUAUUCCCAACGUACGACGAGAAUGCAGAUGAAGAAGGAAAGGUGUCAAGCCGUGUCGACCCCAAAGCAAUUUCCGUCCGACUUGCAUCUUUGCACGCUAAGCUCUUCAACUCCGAAAAUCAAGCCGAAGUCUUGUCGGCCUAUGUCAAGCAAUCAUCUCUGUUGCUGGGCUCCUUACGGUCGGACAACGGCUCAUUGACCGUUGAUGGUCAACCUAAGGAGCAACUUUCCGGCGUUCUGCUGCUGCUUGAGGAUGCUCUGAAAUCAGGCGAAGUCACCUCAGGAAAGAAUUACAACUUUUACGUGGAUUCGAAUAUGGUCGAAGCUAAGAAGCUUGUUGACCUGACUCUGUCGACGAAAGCUCGGUUUGCUCAAAUCCAGAAAUCCUGGCCCGACCACGCAGUUCUCGCAGACGUUAUUCAAUGCUGCAGAGAAAUUCUCCAGUUUAAGCACACUGAACCUGUUGCUAAAUUCCUUACUAAGGUUGAAAAGCUUCACGGCCUUGUAUAUGAAUGGCAGUUGGUGGCCAGCAGAGAAUAUUCAGCAGCUUCCCUGUAUGACGAGAUCACAGGCACUAUCAUUGGCUGGCGGCGACUUGAAUUGACUACCUGGGCGAAACUCUUAGAUUUGGAAAACGACAAAUGCCUCAAGGAUGUCAGCUCAUGGUGGUUCAUCACUUAUGAGGCCUUGGUCCGGGCUCCGAUCCAGAUUGCUGAAUCCGGUGAAAUGGAACUGAAGGACCACAUCCAAGAGGUUACUGCGACUCUGGAACAGUUCUUCCGCUCUACCACUGUUGGACAGUACAGCGAGCGUCUCCGACUGAUCAAGAACUUUCAGUCCUUGUUGCUACUCUAUGUGGAAGAUCUUCCGUCAUUGAGUCAACUCACGUCUGCUCUUGACAAUUUCCUCCAGCGCUACAGACAGUUUGAACCUCCCGUGCUUAAAUUGUUGGCUGAAAAGAGGCAGGCUCUUGAGAAGAAUAUUAAGGAGCAAAUUCAGCUUGCUAGCUGGAAGGAUACCAACAUUGUCGCCCUCCGGGAAAGUGCUAGACGGUCACACGUCAAACUGUUCAAGUUGGUCCGCAAGUAUAGAGAGGCUUUGGCCCAGCCGGCUCAGCCUAUCCUGGAGCAAGACAUGCCAGAGGACAACGAGGAUACGGCUGCUCCUCAACGAAUGAUUCUUCCUUCCUUUGUCUUCCCCGAAGCCCUGGCGAUGUGUCAGACCGAGGAGAGAGCCUGGGUCGAUAGACCACCUCGAUUCAAGAACCCUGACAACACUGCUAGCAGCAUGAUGCAGGUGUAUGGUUCGAUCUCGAAAGAAUUCGAUGUUGCUGAAGACCUCGAAAGCUUUGUCAAAUAUGUCGUUGAGAGUAUCAAGGAAUUCAAGUCACAGACUCCGAAGACCUUGACGGAAGAGAACAAGGAUGAUGUCCAGCAUCUCAAGGUUCAGAAGCGUCGUUUCUAUGCCGACACGUUACAUCGGAUCUACGAGAUGGGUGUUAAACGUAACGUCAACACCAGUCUGCUGGAGGCACAGGCAUCUGUUCCACAAGUCCUUGCCACCGUCCCGGCGUUCGAAGCUGGCAUCGCCGACGUAAAUUUGAUCAAGAAGGCAGACUCAUAUUUCCACCGUUUCCUGGACCUGCUGCCUCGUGCCCGCUUAGCGGCGCGCGACUACUCUGAGGAUCUUAGCAACGUCGAGAUCUCCAGAAGCUCGGGAUCUGUGGAGCACCUCCUGCACCUCGUCCGUAAGCAGAGGACUUCGAUUUCUCCCGCACUUUCUAAUUUGAAAUCGCUUGAUUCACUGCUUUCGAAGGUCGCCAACCUUUGGACCGCUGAUCCCCUCUCUAUCUUUAAGGCCCAUUCAAGUUUCUCGAAUGGAAGAGAUGAUAUUACAAGGGCAGCUUGGAAGGACACGUUUGACCGCCUCAAGAUCACACUGAGCCAUCUCCCGGAGCUGCCUGGGGGAAUGGCUUCACGUGUGCACAAGACCACCGUGGAAGAAGCUUGCACGGCUUUCACCAGGCUGAACUUCGACCUCGCCACGUGGACCGAGGAGCGUCCUGACCUGUCCUUUGUUCUGGGCCAGAUCAUCCCAUGGUCGAAGGUCAAUGCCGUCGCAUAUGAGUCUGAGAGCCAUGAUCUUGGCGUUUCCAUCGAGGAAUACGACUCGAGUCUCAUUGCUGCUGCAGACAAGAUCCUUGUCAGUAUCCAGAAGCUGAACGAAGCUCCGUCGCAAAUCACCGCCCCUGGUGCGCUGUCCCGGAGCGACGACUUCUUCGUCCGAGCCCUCAGGCUUCUUCGUAUGGCGGACAUCUCGACUUCCCUCGAGUCUGUCCUUGGCAAGCUGCAGCACCUGCAGACCCGCUCGCCUUCCAGCCUUCCGUUCGCCAUUGCCUUGACGGCGACCCUGUUGCCGAUCUUGAAUAAGUUCGCGCAUAUCUGUCGAGACGUGGUCGAUCGCUACCUGACGGUGCACAAAGAGACAUGUAAGAUGUCUUACAUCCUCGCUAAAUCGUUCACGCAGAUCGCAUCGGAAGGCUUCUGUAGCCCGUCCGAGUCGUCCACGGAGGAGAGCAAGUCUGGCCAGUUGGAGAGUGGCACCGGUCUUGGAGAGGGUGAGGGAGCCGAAGACAUCAGCAAAGAUGUAGCCGACGAUGAGGACUUGACAGAACUCGCCCAGGAGGACAAGCAGAAGACCGAUGAAGAGAUCGAGAACUCCGAAGAUGCGGUCAACAUGGAUCAGGAGGAGAUGCAAGGCGAAGAAGGUGAGAGGAAGGAGGGAGACGAUGAAGACGAAAAUGACAGCGGCUCAGACGAAGAGGAUGAUAUCGACGAAGAGGUGGGCGACGUUGAUGAUCUCGAUGCCUCGGCUGUCGACGAGAAGAUGUGGGAUGGUGAGCACGAUGAUCAACAGAAGGAGACUGAGACUCAAGAGGGCAAGGGAGCGGCGGAGAACGACGAGCAGACGGCCGCGCCGGACCAGCAACCUGGUCAGGAAGCUGAAAAGGGUGAGAACAAGGAGGGUGAAGAGGAGGAAGAGGAAGAAGAUGACGAAGAGGGUGAAGAGGCUCCUGAUGAGGAGGGUGAGGCUGAAGAAGAGGCGCUCGAUCUUCCAGAGGAGAUGCAAUUGGAUGGCGAUGAGAAGGGUAACGAAGAGCCCGAGGAAGACGACGGCUUUGAUGAUGAUAUGAUGGAUAAUGACCUUCCUCCUGCGGAAGAAGAGCAGCAAAUGGAGGGAGACGGCGUUGAAGAUGAGACCAUGGAACAGGAUGGGGAGGAGCAGGAGAUUGAUCAGACCGAGGAAGCUGGUAAUGAUGAGGCGAAUGAGGCCGGUGAAGAGGCAGAGGAAGAAGAGAAUCAGGAAGAUGACUUCCUUGCCCAACGCGAUGAGAACGAGGCUGCUGGCGAGGAACAAGAUCAGAACCAGGAGAAAGGCUCGUCCGGUAACGCGCAACAAGAGAGUGGCUCCACUGAUCCCUCUGACGAGAAGGAGCAGAAGACCGGCGGCGCCAACGAUUCCAACCCUGAGGAUCCUCAACUCCAAGCGUUCAAGAAACUGGGCGAUGUCCUCGAGCAAUGGCAUCAUGAGGAGGCCGAAACCCGACUGCCUGAGGAUACUGAUAUGGCGGAUGCCGACUUCGAACAUCUGGCGGAUCAAGACGACGCCAAGGCUCUGGACCAGAAUAAGGGCGUCGAAUCGGAUGUCAAGCCGGACGAGAACAAUGAACUCCUGCCAGACAUCACCGACGACAAUAUCCAGGACCUCCCAGAGAACCGACUUGAAGACGAGAUGCAGCUAGACCAGGGAGGCGCCGCCGCUGAGUCGCAGACGGCUGGCGCUUUCAUCCCUGGUAACCUUCAGAGCCAGGAGCGGGCAGAUGCCACUGCAGGCCAGGAGGCAGCCGAUGAGGAAUUGGAUGAGGUCGACGCACAUCUGGCUGCAAUUCAUCUAUCCUCGACCCUGCCCCCGCUCACGCCACGGGACGAAGCUCAACGACUCUGGUCGUACUACGAGUCUGCGACCACCGAUCUCUCCUUGUCGCUUACGGAGCAGCUGCGGCUUAUCCUUGCCCCCACGCUUGCGACCAAACUCCGCGGUGACUUCCGCACCGGCAAGCGGCUCAACAUCAAGCGAAUUAUCCCGUACAUCGCCUCGCAGUACAAGCGGGACAAGAUCUGGAUGCGGCGGUCGAUCCCCUCGAAGCGCAACUACCAGAUUAUGCUGGCGGUCGACGACAGUAAGUCCAUGCUGGAGAGCGGCAGUGGACAGCUGGCCUUCGAGACCCUGGCUCUCGUGGCGAAGAGUCUGAGCAUGCUCGAGGCCGGCGACCUCUGCGUGCUCGGCUUCGGAAGUGAGGACCACGUGCGGGUGGCGCACGAGUUCGGCAAGCCGUUCUCCUCCGAGGCUGGCACCCAGGUCUUCCAGCACUUCAGCUACCAGCAGACGGGCACCAAUGUGCGCAAGCUGAUCGCCGACUCGAUCGCGCUGUUCCGCGAGGCGCGCUGGAAGCAGUCCCCCGGCGGCGGCAACGCCGACCUGUGGCAGCUCGAGCUGAUCAUCUCCGACGGCAUCUGCGAGGACCACGAGACCAUCAGCCGCCUGGUGCGCCAGGCGCAGGAGGAGCGCAUCAUGAUCGUCUUCAUCAUCGUGGACGCAGUCAAGGGCAGCUCCAUCCUCGACCUCACCCAGGCCAGCUUCGAGCCGGACCUGGAGAGCGGCAGCGGCGAGAUGAAGCUGAAGAUGAAGCGCUACCUCGAAGGAUUCCCCUUCCCUUAUUAUCUGGUUGUGCGUGAUGUGCGGGAGCUCCCCGCGGUUCUGGCGACGGCGCUGAAGCAGUGGUUCGCCGAGGUGGUGGAUGUUUCUUCUUAGUGCUACCACGGGGCGGUGUCAUGUUUAGGGGUAGAUACAAAAGUUUUGGGUUAGCAUUUCCUGUAUAUACUUGUUGCAUAUAGUUUCGCAAAUAGAUUUCAUG